AUGAUAGAUUCGAUGAGAACCCCUGUGAGUACAAGUGAGAAUGAGGUUCAAUCUUUUGAACAGGAAGCUUUCAUUGAAGGGCCCUCUGAUUCUGGAGCUGUUGGGCUCGAAGGUACUCUCAAUAGUUUGAGUAAAUGGCUUGUGGCAGUGCUUUUUGGUGCAAUUGUACUGUGGAGGCAUGAUGCUGAAUCAUUGUGGGCCCUCAUGGGUUCUGUGCUUAAUGUUAUACUCUCAAUCACAUUGAAGAAAGUACUAAAGCAAGAAAGACCUAUUUCUACCUUAAGAUCAGACCCGGGAAUGCCAUCUUCACAUGCACAAUCCAUCUUCUAUGCAGUUGCAUUUGUCAAUCUGUCAAUGGCGGAGUGGUAUGGGAUAAAUGGACUUACAGCAACUCUGAAUGGGCUUGUGUUUAUUCUUGGGUGUUAUUUUUCAUGGCUACGGGUUUCUCAGCAGCUUCAUACAGCCAGCCAAGUAGUCGUGGGAGCUGUACUGGGAUAUGCUUUCUCCAUUUUAUGGAUUUAUUGGACAUGUUUACCUGACCUGGCUUCGAUAUGA